CCUUAUAUAUAAGUUAAUGUAUAAUGUAAGUAAAUUACUUUACAUAAUAUAAGUUACUGUAUUCAUUGCAUAUGCUAUAUAAAUUACAAUAUAAUAAAUUUUUUUAUUCACAAAAUAGUUUUUUUUCUUGGUACGUCUUGAUUUGCUUACAAAUCUAUUACGACCAUUAAUCAGCAAACGAGAAGUCGUACAGUUAGAAUCAAUGACAAAAUUUAUAAUUGCCUAAUUUAAAUUAAGAAAGAUUUUUUUUUUUUUGUUAAAUGACAAAAUUAAGUAAUUUCGAUGGUCUCUCUUCAACCAAAAUUUCACGUGGCUAGCUAGUUUCAUCACUAGCUCUAUCGUUUAGGUCUGAGUCUGCCCUAUAAAAGAGAAGUUAACCCAAAGGCCAGACCAGGCCAGUAGCCAAAGCAAUCUCGUGAACUGCUAAAGGUCUCUCUAUCCAUCUCGAGACGUCUGUCAUUGGCUGAAAAAGUAAAGUCAAUUUUGUCACAGCUUUUGUUAGAAAUUUGAAAACCCUCAAUCCUUAAUGUUUGUUUCUUCUUGCCAAACCUCAUCCACAUUCCAAAACAAAACAAAAAUCUCUUUGCCCUCAAACCUUAGCUAAACAAACUCUGUUCAUCUUCUUCUGAUCUCACCACAACGGCAAAUUAUAUCCUUUCAUUUUCAUUCUUUUUCUUUAUGUAAACAAUGAAUCCUUCCUUCUUAUGUAAACUCUCUAUCCUCCUUAAGCCUUUCCUCCUUUCUCUCUUUCUCUCCAUUUUAUUUCUAGCAUUUUCAGCCACCCAAUUCCCUCGUAUCCGCCUCAAAACCGCCCUUCAAAACACUAGAAACCCACCUUCCAACGCCAUCGCCGGCAUCCGUAUCCGGCCAGGUUACUCUUCCUACAACGCAUACAUCGAGCGUCAGCUCAACAAAACCCUCAACCCAAAACUCCGAAAGAUAUGGACGACUCGCGACUGGGACAGAAAAGUCAGGGUCUUCGUCCAUUUCUUCGCAAGCCUGAAGCAAAGAAACCUUCUUUUCAACGAUUCGAAGGCAUUGUCUAUAGGAGCUAGAGUCGGACAAGAAGUGGCGGCAAUGAAACUGGUGGGUGUGUCGGACUCGGUCGGAAUAGAUUUGGUGCCAUACCCUCCACUUGUAAUGAAAGGAGAUUUCCAUGCACAGCCAUUUGAGAACCAAAUAUUUGACUUUGAGUUCUCCAACGUGUUUGAUCACGCCUUGUACCCGUGGAAGUUUGUCGGAGAGAUCGAACGGACGUUGAAGCCUGGUGGUGUUUGUGUUCUACACGUGACGUUAUCGAAACAGACGGAUAAAUACUCGGCCAAUGAUUUGUACAGUGUGGAGCCAUUGGUGGAGUUGUUUAAGGAUUCAGAGCUGGUUGAGGUGAGGAAAGUUGAUGGAUUUGGGCUUGACACUGAGGUUGUUUUCAGAAAGAAGAAUUAUUAGUUUAUUUCUUUUACAGUCAUUUUUUUUUAUAUUUAAUGUUUAAUUAACUUCAUUGUUUUUAAGUGGUUACUGUAUUUUUUUAUAGUUAAUAAU